AUUGUCACAUAAAUGUAUGUAUGAGGCAUGCUUAAUACCCAAGAACCGAUGGGGUCAAAGUUGAAUUCGCAAAAGGGGCGGUCUUAUUAGAUUUGAACAUGGCGGACAAAGAGAAGAAGAAGAAAGAAAGUAUAUUCGACCUGACGAAAUACAUCGAUAAGCCCAUCAGAGUGAAAUUCCAAGGUGGACGAGAAGCAAGUGGUGUCUUGAAAGGCUUCGACCCUUUGUUAAACCUCGUAUUGGAUGGCACUAUCGAAUACAUGCGCGACCCUGAUGACCAGUACAAACUAACUGAAGACACUCGGCAGCUGGGGUUAGUGGUGUGUCGAGGGACCUCGGUCGUGCUCAUCUGUCCUCAGGAUGGCAUGGAGGCCAUUCCAAACCCUUUCAUUCAACAACAGGAUGGCUAGAACUCUGCAGAACCUCAUAAAGCUCAGAUGCACAUCAUUUUCUUUAGAUAGAGUUAGUGGUUAACUUUUUGGUUUGACAGACCUCCUGUUGAGUUAUGGCUGAAAUCAUGCUAGUGCUCAAGACUUUGCUCAACUUUUAUUUGUACCUUGGAAUUGGAGUAAAAAUGUUUGUUUCAGUGUCUCACAAUUUAUGCAAUGGAGUGUUUUAGUUCUGGCCUGUCUGUUUUGGAUAAUUGUAUCAAACAUUGCCCUGUUGUCAUUUUUCUUUCUCUGUCUUUUUGAUGAAGACAUUUUUGAAGUGUCCAAUUUUUUGGAAGUGAUACUAGUUUACAAUUAAAUUGAUCUUUCAUAAA